AUGUCUAAAACCCAGCAACUGAACGGAUAUCCCUCUCUUUCUGCCUUCAUUGUCAGUGACAAUGAUAGAAGCACGUUCAUAUAUCGUCGAUUCGACCGCUUAUCUACGCGGAAUCUGCUCUAUCUCCAGAGCGAACUUGCUGAACUUGAAGCCCGCCAGAUUGCUUACGAUACGGAAGAUGUCGAGGGGGCAAUGACAGACAAACAGUGUGCUCGGAACUGGGCGGAUUUCAAGAGCCAGUCUCAAGACAACGAGAGGCAAAGGAAGCGAAUGAUCUUGGUCAAAGAGAUCAGAGAGACCCUUGAGAAAUACAGAAAGGCGAUUCUACUUGAAAAGAUGACCUUGUCCAUUGAAAAGCCGUCCUCCAGGUCUCUUUCGGCUUUCCAAAACGUUUUCAACAAUCUUCAUGGGGUCAAACCCGGAGAGCCAUUCCCAACACUCGGCGGACAUAGCGCCACUCUUUACGAUAACGAGGAAGACCUUUUAGUUUUGUCUUCACCUGAAGAGGAGGAUAGAUUAACCGGUUUUUUGCGCUACUAUUUUGGCAUUCUCUUCACAAUUCAAAGAACAGACAGCCCGCUCACCUACUUCUCGGAGGCUAAAUUGAGGCUUACAGUUGCCAUUAUCAACUUUGUUCUGGCGGCAGCCUUGCUCUUUGGAGCAAUCUAUAACCUCUACUGGGUACCAGACAACCAGAAACGGUUGGGGCUGAUUGCCGGAUAUACAGUCGCGUUUGCAGCAUGUGUGGGCUUUGCGACGAACGCGAAGAGAUCAGAAGUUUUUGCUGCUUGUGCUGCGUACGCUGCUGUCUUGGUUGUAUUUGUUAGUGGAAAUCUAACUUCGCCGAAUUAA